CAAGACAAAACAACAACAAUGAACAACAUCAUCAUCCUCAUCUGGACUCUCACACUGUUUGCUCAAGAGUGUAGAGGACAGAUCACUGUAACUCAGAGUCCAUCAAUAACAGCUGCUCAAGGACAAGAAGUCAGAAUAAACUGUAAAACCAGCAGUAAUGUCUACAGUGAUAGUAAUGGGUCAAGGAUGGGCUGGUAUUUACAGAAACCUGGAGAAGCUCCUAAACUCUUGAUUUAUAAAGUUAACAGCCUCCAGUCAGGAACUUCAUCUAGAUUCAGUGGCAGUGGAUCUAACAGUGAUUUCUCUCUGACCAUCAGUGGAGUCCAGACUGAAGAUACAGGAGAUUAUUACUGUCAGAGUGCACAUGUGAUCAACAGUAAAUCUGUGUUCACACAACAAGUCAAGAAACACAAACUUCGAUGUUCUGCAGGACAGGUGACUGUAAUUCAGACUCCAACAGAGAAACAUGUUCAGAAUGGACAAACAGUCACUCUGACCUGUAAAACCAGCAGCUCCAUUGGAGACCAGUCAGACAGUGUCUAUUCAGUGGAAAUGACUCCACCAUCAGUGGAGUCCAGACUGAAGAUACAGGAGAUUUAUUCUCUUUCCUCCUCAUCAGCUCCAGCGUUUGUUCUCCUCAAUGAACUUCACGUUAAAAACACAAUCUUCAUCAUCACACAAGACAAAACAACAACAAUGAACAACAUCAUCAUCCUCAUCUGGACACUGACUCUCUGCAUAUGUAUUCGAGGUUUCAGUGGGCAGGUGACUGUGACUCAGACUCCCUCUGUUAAAACAGUUCAGAUCGGUGAAUCAGUCACUAUAAACUGCAAAACUAACACAGUAGUGUAUGAUGGCUGUACAGGUUCAUAUACUUGUAUGGCCUGGUAUCAGCAGAAACCUGGAGAAGCUCCUAAACGCUUGAUUCAUUCAGCAAGCCAAAGAGAUUCAAACACUCCAUCUAGAUUCAGUGGCAGCGGAUCCAGAACUGAUUUCACUCUGACCAUCAGUGGAGUCCAGACUGAAGAUACAGGAGAUUAUUACUGUCAGAGUUUUCACUGGCCGGGUAGCACUAGGCUGUUCACACAGUGAUAAAGAGUCGUACAA